GGCCUAUCUUGAUGACUUCCUGGUUAUCGCCUACUCUGAGGUUGAGUGUCAACAAGCAUAUGAAGAACUGAUUAAACACUUAGGCAAAACUUGGAUUUCAAAUUAACUGGGACAACACUGUCGGGCCUUGUCAGCGAUUAACUUUUCUAGGCAUUGAAAUUGAUACUGUGCGCAUGCAACUCACGUUGCUCAAAUGCAAACUCUGUGAACUUCGAUUGUUACUUAGCGAAACAACUGCAAAGCGAUCUAUCACAAAAUGGGACUUGCUGUCUCUCGUUGGCAAGCUCAAUUUGCCACACGCGUUGUGUUUGACGGAAGCAUAUUCUUAUGGUGUAUGAUUGACACUGUUAACCACAUGCAGCGCCCAAAUCAUCAUGUCUGGAUAAACACUCAACUGAGAGUAGAUCUGGAAUGGUGGACAGAAUUUCUAGGCGUUUUUAAUGGCAAAACCUUUAUCGUAGACUCUGAGCUAGUUCCCACUGAAGGAUUAUCUACUGACGCCUGUCCGAUUGGUGGAGGAGCAUUCUUUCAAGGUGAUUGGUUCUAUGUUAACUGGGCCACUAAUUAUCGUAGUCUGGCAAACGUGCAAGUCAAUUUGCAGGAAAUGUUCACAGUUCUUAUGGCCCUUGAGCGCUGGAAGGAUCAACUACGCGAUAAGUGGAUCAUUCUGCGAACUGAUAACACAACAACGCUAAGCGUGAUAAAUAAGGGCACUUUUAGUAACCAGCUUGCGAUGCAAUGGUUGCGCAAACUUUUCUGGCUCUCAGCAACAUACAACUUUCGCGUCACUUCGCAAUAUAUUCCCAGAGCAGCUAACACUUUGACCGAUGCUAUUUCUCGUAUCCAUGAUCCUGCGCAUUGUGAACUCCUUUUAGUAUCACCCGACUAGUGGACUAAUGCAAAUCCUCCAUUUUAAUUGGCUGCGCAACCAGAGGACUAUUAGUAAUAGUCCUCGAGUAGCGAAAUUUGUCCAAUCGAGCGUGAUGCUUUC